UCUCUCUUUCCUCCCUCCUUCUAGUCGUACUCCUCCUCAGUCUCCACACACACACACACACACACACACACACUUCUAAACACAGGCGGCGUGUGCUUGCAUUGCAGCUCACAGCACACAGAUGGAUGGAGCUAGCGUGUGUGUGUGAGAGAGAGUGAGUAAGCCAGGAGUGAGCCGUAGCUGGCUGACUGGCUGACUGGCUGUGCAGACACAGGGGACAGUGUCACCGUCUCAGGCUGGGUGUGGAGAACUCUCUCUGGGGUAGGGAGACCACAGGACCAGGGUUCUCCCAGGGCUCUAUAGCAGCUGCAGCAGGUGGACAGCUAGCCGGAUGGGCCAAUGGGUGGCUGAGGGAAGGCAUGCAACAGUAACCACGGCAACAGUGGUACCGGCUGUAAGGGGCACAGGGACAUGCUGAGGAUGGGCACUCGGCCGCGGCAACCCCCGGACCUGCGGCAGCGGGAGGAGGGCAGGCUGCUGGCAGCGGUGGCUCUGGUGGAGCAGGAGGAGGAUGAGGAGGAAGACUCAGAGGAAGGCAGCAGUGGAAGCGGGGGCAGUGACAGCGCCAGCCGGGCAGAGGAAGGGGCCAAGGCCACCAAAGUCCCCACCUUCGAUGUCCCCUACUUCCGCUACAUAGACGAGGAGGAGUCAGAGGGAGAGGGGGAUGGAGAGGAGGUGUGGAGCAGCAGUCGCUCUCUGUCCUCCAUCGAGGACGACUCGUCCAGUGACAGUGUUGUCUCUGACAGGUACGUGGUGGUGUCAGGGACCCCAGAGAAGAUCCUAGAACACCUGCUGUCUGUCAUGAGGCUGGACAACCACCGUGAUGACCAGGGGAGCACACAGCAGAUCAAGGAGUCAGAGCCUCUCCUGGAUGACUUCCUGCUGACAUACCUGGUGUUCAUGUCAACCAGUGAUCUGUGUCAGGCUCUCCUGGGACACUAUUGUUCUAAGAGACACCACCGGGGGAAAGAGGAAGGGAAAGAGGUUCUGGACAGGAAACGUCAGGUCCUGCACCUGGUGACACAGUGGACAACACUGUACAGGGACUUCCUACGAGAAGACGAGCAUGUUAAACUCUUCAUGAAGACAUUGUAUCGUUUCCUCCUGGAUGACCUGUAUGAGUAUCCAACUCUAGAGAAGGAGCAGAAGGACCUGCAGAAACUCCUGCGGCUGCAUCGCAGACAUACAUUGGAGGAGUAUUCACCCCACAGAAAGAGCAAAGCUCAUUCCCAUCAGCUGAGCCUGAAAGAGAACGUGCUCCCGACCAGAGGAACACAAAGGGAGACCAGGGAAGUGUUGUGUCAUGUGUACGUGAGCAUGGACUCAUAUCUGAGUGUGAGGAGCCUGGCCAGUGUUGUGGCCCAGGGGCUGCUGCAGGAGGUGGCUGAGAGACUGGAUGUCCCCCUGGAGGAGCUCGUCCUGCUGGCUGUCACCUACCCUGGAGAGAAACUCCUCCUGAAGCCUCAGGACAGGCUCUACUCUGAUUCGCUGACAGCAGUGGGGAGGCUGCACGUGUGCAGAAAGGACCUGAGUGAAGUCAUGAGCCCGUUCACAGACAACGCAGAGCUACAACAGAGGUCAGCUCGCAUGCUGAGUAUGAACACAUGGGACGUGGCUGUCACCCUUACAAACUUUGACUGGAGUGUCUUCAACUCAAUACAUGAGCAAGAGCUGGUGUACUUCACGUUCAGCCGUCAUGCCAGCAGUGGCCACACAGUGGCGCUGGAGCUGCUGCUGCAGCGCUGCAAUGAGGUACAGCUGUGGGUGAUGACAGAAGUCCUGAUGUGUCCUACGCUCUGCAACAGAGUCCAGCUCAUCAAGAAGUUCAUCAAAAUCGCUGCCCACUGUAAAGCCCAAAGGAACCUCAACUCUUUCUUUGCCAUCGUUAUGGGUCUGAACACCGCAGCAGUUAGCCGCCUCAGUCAGACCUGGGAGAAAGUUCCAGGAAAAUUCAAAAAACUGUUUUUGGAACUGGAGAUGUUGACAGACCCCUCUCUCAACCACAAAGCCUACAGGGACGCUUUCAAGAAGACCAAGACGCCCAAGAUCCCUUUCCUUCCUCUGCUACUGAAAGAUAUCACUUUCAUUCACGAGGGCAACAAAACGUUUCUCGAUAACCUGGUGAAUUUUGAAAAGCUGCACAUGAUAGCCGACACGGUGCGUCUCAUCAGACACUGUCAGGAGGAUCACAUGGGGAACGGGAUGCCCCAGAAGAGCAGUCCGGAGGUGCAGGCCUAUGUCGACUACCUUCACGUCAUUGACAAUCAGCAGACUCUGUUUGAACUGUCCCACAGACUGGAACCCCGUGUGUAGAUAGACUACAUACACUCUCUGAGCCUGCCUCCCUCCACCCCUCGAAGUCAGACCACCAAGGAGAAGGGUACCAACUAGUCUUUGGAAACACCCCUCAGGACCCCUCAGGACUCAUAGAGAAACAUGGGUUGGCCAACUCUACAGAGCCCAGCUCUAACACACACACACACACACACACACACACACACACACACACACACACACACACACACACACACACACACACACACACACACACAUACACACACACACACACACACACACACACACACACACACACACACACACACACACACAGGAUUCUAUUAAUCAGCUGCUCACACAGCAGGACUUUGAUGAGUUGAAUUAGGUGGGUUAAUGCAGGACUGGAACAAAAGCCAGAGGGAUAGGGUUGGCCAGAGCUGACAGGGAGAUGACUGUGUGGCGCUGGCCAACCACUAGAUGGCGCCAAAAGGCAUACUGGAAUACUGAGCAACGAUGGAGCAGAGGUAACCAAAGAGCUUCUCAGUUUAACAAAUAGAUCUGGACCCGUAUUGAUCAAAGGAUCCCAGAGUAGGAGUGCUGAUCUAGGAUUUGUUUAGCCUUUUGGAUCAUAAUGAAUUGACAGGGACCUAGAUCAGCACUCCUACUCAGUGAUGUCCUGGUAGAUAAAUUGGUGGAUAAACUUGGAUUGCUGGUCGCAGUGAAAAAAGUAACGCUUCCUAUUCUUUCAAUGCAUUUUUCUGCAAAAUGUGGGUACAUUGUUGGGUCCCUCCCCCAAAAAGGCGGGUACAUUGUUGGGUCCCUCCCCCAAAAAGGUGGUUACAUUGUUGGGGCCCUCCCCCCAAAAAUGUGGGUACAUUGUUGGGGCCCUCCCCCCAAAAAGGUGGGUACAUUGUUGGGUCCCUCCCCCAAAAAGGUGGUUACAUUGUUGGGGCCCUCCCCCCAAAAAGGUGGGUACAUUGUUGGGUCCCUCCCCCAAAAAGGUGGUUACAUUGUUGGGGCCCUCCCCCCAAAAAUGUGGGUACAUCGCGUUUACCCUCCACUACACCAGUGAUCCUACUCUGAGACUCUUUAUGAAUAUGGACCCUGCUUCAGUCACUCUGUAUUGAUAGCUUCAGGUUGUUGUUAUCUGCUUCCAAACAGGUGACCACUCCCUGAUUAUCUAUCUACACACAAUGAAUGAAAGCAUCAACCUUCUGGGGACUUGAACACCAGGACACUACACUUGACAGACCUCCAAGUGCAUGACCACCACACACUAGGCUGCUGUUAAGCUAAAUGGAUUUAAACAACAAUAUUGAAAAGUGUGUGUGUGUGUGUGUGUGUGUGUGUGUGUGUGUGUGUGUGUGUGUGUGUGUGUGUGUGUGUGUGUGUGCGUGUGUGUGUGUGUGUGUUGCAUAAAUGUCACUUCCAAAUACUGAAAAAAAGAUCAUUCUAAAUAUUUAAAGUGAAGUGUAAAGUGUGAGGUAAUAAAACCUUCCUCGACAGCAGAAGGGUUUUGUUACAGCUAUAGAUAAUGUAAUAAACCAUCCUCAACAGUAGAAGGGUUAUGUUACAGUUAUAGAUAAUGUAAUAAACCAUCCUCAACAGUAGAAGGGUUAUGUUACAGUUAUAGAUAAUGUAAUAAACCAUCCUCAACAGUAGAAGGGUUAUGUUACAGUUAUAGAUAAUGUAUUAAACCAUCCUCAACAGUAGAAGGGUUAUGUUACACUUAUAGAUAAUGUAAUAAACCAUCAACAGUAGAAGGGUUAUGUUACAGUUAUAGAUAAUGUAAUAAACCCUCCUCAACAGUAGUAGAAGGGUUAUGUCACAGUUAUGGACUUAGAUGUUUGGUCUUAGCUGUGGACAAUCAGAGACGUAGCUUGAGGCAUCAGAUCCUUUGCCUGUCAUGUCUCUGUAUCUGCACUAUGAAGGAACAGCAAUACACCAAGUCAACACUUCUGCCUUUGAACAUUCUUGUCCAGUUAAAACGCCUUUGCCUUUUUCUUUCAGUGGCAGUAUUAGUUAUUCUUAUAGAAAUGGCUAAUAUUCUGUACAUGUUUAUGAGCCAUCCACCUGCAGGAUGUUGUAUCCUGUUCUAGAGAAUCCUCUUGGUGAAUGUUUCAGUGGUUUAGAAAAGAGAUCAGACCCUGAUAUAGAGGUUCUUCAGUAGCACCACCAGUUCUCCUGUUGUGGAUUCCCCUGAUGUGUAAUGUGUGUAUCACAGAGAUGAAACACUUCUAUAUCCAUGGUGUGUAUAGUGUUUUGAGGCAGGUCAUGUACUAUAGAUUCCAUCUAUAUACUGUAGUAUGUUGUGCGUUCCCUGGUUGGACAUGGAGAUUGGAGAAGUAUUUAUUAUUAUGAUAAUAGACUUAUUUAUUUGCUCGUUGUGCACUACUUUUGACCAGGUAGUGUACUAUGUAGGGAAUAGGGUAUAAUUUCUGUCCUUUUUACCUGCCGUGGGGUUUCAAUAGGUUAGGAACUGGUCUGCAUGAUGUGGUAAAGCCAUGGAUCGACCACCAAGUAAAAUAUGCAUGGAACAAAAAGCAUUUCCUUGUGAAGUAGUGGUUUUCUACAUGUCGCUACAAUGCCCAAAUCAGCAUGUACUAACAAAUAUUAUUUCAGAAAGGGAAACAAAAGCAAUACCAAGUCACUGCUCUUCUCUCUCAUCAGUCUUUCUGCGUUUCAUUUCCUACAGUCCUUUUGAAAUGUUAAAUAAUAAAUGAAAUGUUUUGUUGUAUGAA